ACGGUGACACCGGCAGUCGGAGCGCGGCCAUGGAGCGCGGCGGGGAGAGGGGCUUCCUGCCGGCCUUCGCACACUUCGCCACGCAGGCCAUCCACGCCGGGCAGGAACCCGAGCAGUGGCGCUCGGCCGCCGUGGUGCCGCCCAUCUCCCUCUCCACCACCUUCAAGCAGCAGGCGCCCGGGCAGCACGCGGGCUAUGAAUACAGCCGGAGUGGAAACCCCACCCGGAACUGCCUGGAGACGGCUGUGGCAGCGCUGGACGGAGCUAAGUACUGUUUAGCUUAUGCUUCUGGCUUAGCUGCUACUUUGAAUAUUACUCACCUGUUAAAGGCCGGGGAUACUAUCAUCUGCAUGGAUGAUGUCUACGGAGGCACAAACAGGUACUUCAGGAAAGUAGCCAUGAAAAUGGGUUUGAACAUCGUUUUUGUUGACUGCACAAAAAUGGAACAGCUGGAAGCUGCAAUUACACCCGAGACCAAGCUCGUUUGGAUCGAAACACCCACCAACCCCACGCUGAAGGUCAUUGACAUUCGGGCCUGUGCAGAUGUGGUCCACAAGCACAAAGAUGUUCUUCUGGUGGUAGACAACACUUUUAUGUCUGCCUAUUUCCAGCGUCCUUUGUCUCUGGGGGCUGAUAUUUGUAUGUAUUCUGCAACCAAGUACAUGAAUGGGCAUAGUGAUGUUGUAAUGGGACUUGUUUCAGUAAACUGUGACGACCUCUACGAAAGGCUCAAGUUCUUACAGAACUCUCUGGGAGCUGUCCCGUCUCCCUUUGACUGUUACCUCUGCAAUCGUGGUUUGAAGACCCUCCAAAUCCGGAUGAAACAACAUUUCCACAACGGGUUGGCUGUGGCUCGCUUUCUGGAGUCAGAUCCCCGGGUGGAGAAGGUCAUUUUCCCAGGCUUGCCCUCCCACCCCCAGCACGAGCUGAUGAAGCGGCAGUGCACGGGCUGUCCAGGCAUGAUCACCUUCUACAUCAAAGGGAAUCUCAAACACGCUACCACCUUCCUCAAGAAUCUAAAGGUUUUCACACUGGCCGAGAGCCUGGGAGGGUAUGAAAGCCUGGCAGAGCAUCCGGCCAUCAUGACUCACGCCUCGGUGCCUAAAGAAGAUAGAGAAGCUCUUGGAAUCAGUGAUACAUUAAUUCGCCUGUCGGUUGGUUUGGAAGAUGAAGAAGAUUUACUGGAAGACAUUGACCAAGCUCUGAAAGCUGCGUUUGGAGGCCAUAAGCCUUGAUGUUUAAGACUGGGACUUGGAACUGGAUGCUGAAACGCCUGGAGAAGAUGACACGAAAAGCCAAAUUGCUCUUGAUUUCCCUUUGAUUUGCCUUUGAGAAUUGCAAUCUGUUGGAUCCGGUGCUGGAUUCGGGGAGUUCUCGCUGUGGUGCCGUCGGGUUUGUCCUGCUGCUGUCUGGCUGUGCGUGGAGCUGUGCUUCCCAGCCCCUGCUCUCCCUGUCCUGCUGGGAUCCCUGGGGAUUUCUGGGGUCAGACAGUUGGGGUUGAGCCCAGCCAUGAUGCACGCUCAGGGAUAUUAUCCCCAUUUUCUCAGCAGAGAUCAGUGGUUCCCCAUAGUGGUGCUGCAAAGUUAGGUCAAGAGGAUUGGUUUCUGUCGCUGCUCUUCAGGAUGCACUGUUAAUUUCUCUUAAAAUGUCUUAAAUUUUCCUAAAAUCUCUUCUAAUCCAACUUAAAAAUUGUUGAAUUAACUUAGAUUUUUUUUUUUUAAUUGGGUUGGAAAUGUAGUUAAAUGCUUUCUCACCUGUUGCUAUUUUAUGGAGUAUUCAAAACGCAGCGAAAUCCAAUGCCUGGUAAAUAAUAGGAACUUCCUAAAGAGGCUCCUUUCCCUUUAAAAAAAAAAAAUAAUCAUGUAAUGUUGAUUAUGGCAAUGAUUUGGUUUAUAUUUGGAAUAGGAAUCAUUUUAAUUAAAAUAUGCUUUGAGUUUCCCUGAUGUA